UAUAGCAACUUUUCAUUACACAGAUUCGGAUUAAGAACAUUCAUCAUCAAUUUAUCACGAUUCUCGCAACGAAGCCCCGAAAUUGAUCUGUCAUAACUCUUGUUUUUUCCCUUUCAAUCUCAUGUAAUUUUCCUGUUUUGGGUUUCGCUACAUUGGAUUCUGUAAACUCGCUUUUGCUAUUCGAUUUCAAUAUUCUGGUUGUUACUUCUUUUUGAGCCCUAAUUAUUUGGGGAGAGGGAAAAAGGUUGGAUUUUUAUUUUCUGUUAUUCCCCGGUGAAAAAAUGACGACCAGAGGAAGCAGAUCUGAGAAAGUUAAGAGGAUUUUCCAGCAAUUCGAUGGGAAUCGUGACGGUGGAUUAAACCGGCAAGAGAUGUCGGCUCUCGUCGUGGCCGUGAAUCCGAGGGUGAAGUUCAGCGACGAGCAGAUUAGCGCGAUUCUCGACGAAGUGUUUCGAACCUACGCUGAAUUCAUCGACGGAGACAGAGGUUUGACCUACGACGGUCUUCUCCGUACUUACGACGACGGUGCCGGAGACGUCGAUCGGGAUUUCGACGCUCUGGGUCUCGAAUUCAACGCCGAUGACACAAAGGGCUCGGAAGCUUCUUCGUCUUCGAUUGCCGACGAGAGAGUCGUGGAAGCGCAGAAGCAGCAGAGAACGGCGGCUUGGGCGGUUUCGCCUAACCACGGCAUCGUCUUCGACGAGACGUGGAAGCUCGUCGACGAUUUGGAGAUUCUUGUCAAGAGAUUGAAAUCGAAGCAGGAGAGAGACGGGAAACCGAAAGCCGAUAACUUGGAUGCGUUCUCCGACGCCGGAUGGUCGAGAGAGCUUGGUCCUUCGUCGGAUUUAUCCGAUAAGAGAGUCUUCUGGGAAGAAUCAAGCCACGAUUACACAGUGUUCGUCAAGGAAUUAGGAGUCUUGAGGAGCAAAGCAGAUGGUGCUAGAUCAAAGGAAGAAGCUUUCGAUGGACACAUGGCGAUUGGUAAGGUUUUGUAUGAGCACCAAUUGUUUAAAGAAGCUCUCGUUAGCUUCAAGAGAGCUUGCGAGCUGCAACCGAUAGAUGUGAGGCCUCAUUUCAAAGCUGGGAACUGUCUCUACGCUUUGGGCAAGUGUAAAGAGUCGAAAGACGAGUUUUUGCUAGCUUUGGAAGCUGCUGAGUCAGGUGGGAAUCAAUGGGCUUACUUGCUUCCUCAGAUUUACGUCAACCUCGGUAUCUCCCUCGAAGGCGAAGGUAUGGUGCUUAGUGCUUGUGAGUAUUAUAGAGAGGCUGCGAUUCUUUGUCCAAGACAUUAUAGAGCCUUGAAGCUUCUAGGUAGUGCUUUGUUCGGUGUUGGAGAGUAUAGAGCGGCUGUGAAAGCCUUAGAGGAAGCUAUAUAUUUGAAACCGGAUUAUGCAGAUGCACAUUGUGAUUUGGCGUCGUCGCUUCAUGCUAUGGGAGAGGAUGAGAGAGCUAUUGAGGUUUUCCAGAGAGCUAUAGACUUGAAGCCUGGUCAUGUCGAUGCUCUUUAUAACCUCGGUGGUCUUUACAUGGAUUUGGGAAGGUUUCAGAGAGCUUCCGAGAUGUACACUCGUGUUUUAGCGGUUUGGCCUAACCAUUGGAGGGCACAGCUCAACAAGGCUGUGUCUUUGUUGGGUGCUGGAGAGACCGAAGAAGCUAAAAGAGCUUUAAAGGAAGCUCUGAAAAUGACUAACAGAGUUGAGUUGCACGAUGCGAUAUCUCAUCUGAAACAGUUGCAGAAGAAGAAGAAGGUCAAAAACAACGGUAAUAGUGUGAAUGAAGAAGCUCCGUUUAUCAUUGUGGAACCUUCCAAGUUCAAGACGGUAGGCGAGAAGACUACUCUGAGACCAGAUUUAGCAACAGCUCUUCAGAUUAGAGCCUUCCAGAGAGUUACAAGGCUGGUGAAAUGCGAUGUUGAAGCAUUAAGUAAAGAGAUGAGAGACAACGAUGUCCCUGUAUCUUAUUCCGGCAAUGGAGCUCCCACGAAAUCUAUAAGGAAACCAAACUUGGAAGAGAUUCUCCGGCGUCUGCUUAACGUCCUGAAACCAGAAACUUUCCAAGGAGCGAUCAAGGCCAUAAACGAGAGAAUACUCUCGGUGCUCGAUGAUUCAGGGUCGGGAAGAGUGGAUUUAGGAAUGUUCUACGCAGUGAUUGCUCCUUUGUGCGGUGGCCAUCCAGAGAAAAGGAAAAGAGUUGCUUUUGAUGCGCUUCUUUGGAGACCUGGAAACGAAGGAAGCUCUCAGAUAACAAAAGCGGAUGCUGUCAAAUACAUGAAACUUUUGAGAGCUAUCUACAUACCGUCACAGGGAAUGAGCGAGAUGUUAGAAGUUCAUGGAGAAACUGAUACUUCCACGGUAACAUUCAACCAGUUUCUUGUGAUGUACGAUGAUUCAGAGUGGGGUUUUGGUAUCAUGUCGACUGUUGUUAAACUCGAAACAAGAGACAGGAAUAGACAUGGUAACCAGGUUUGCUCGGUUUGUCGGUACCCGAUCAUUGGAUCUCGGUUUAAGGAAGUGAAAACCGGGUUUAGCCUUUGUAACCAGUGUUAUAGCGAAGGGAAGGUUCCUCCAGCGUUUAAACAGCAGGAGGAAUAUAAGUUCAGAGAAUAUGGGAGUGAAGUGGAAGCCAUGAAAGCUAAGUGUGUUUGUUUUUCAAAGCAGUCUCAUAAAAAACCGAUAGCCACUUGAAAAAUAACCCAAAAGGUUUUUUUUUUUGUGUGAUCUUCUUCUUGUUCAUUAAUUUGUAGUUUUUUUUUGUUUGUUUCUAUAUUAAUUUGUUUAAGUUGUGUGUAUACUACUACUUUUGAUGAAGUGUUCGUUGGUGAGCAGCUAUUAUUAUAA